AAUCAUUUAUUCGUCUUGGAACCUUGCAAUAACCUGUCCUCCAUCAACAAUUAUUGCAAGAUCAAUGAAGGAACCUUGAUAGCUCAAAUGCCGCAAUGGUCGGUAACAACUCAGAGACCGCAUGGAUCGAAGACAUUCAGGGCAACAUCCGGGCGGCCACUUUCUGGACGCCACCUUGGGAAAAUCAGGAGCGGGCAAGGGAAGAAUCGACCACCAAUCCCAGCAUCUUCAGGGUCCCCACAAGCUUCUUGGUACAAAGCCCCGAGCAUUACCAGCCGAAGGUGGUCGCCAUCGGCCCCUACCACAGGGGCCAUUCCGAGCUGCUGAUCAAGGACGAAGUCAAGAGGGGGUGCGUAAAUUACUUCAUCUCCCAGCAUUCACUCGAGCUCCAAAAAUGGCUCCUUGAUAUGACGUCGAGGGAGCAAGAGGCUCGCAGCUACUACUCAGAAGACGUGUCCAUGGACAGCCGAAGCUUUUUAGAGAUGCUGCUGCUCGAUGGCUGCUUCAUUUUUAUGGCUUUCAAAGCUAUGGAUUCCCUUACGUUCGAUCCGAAAUGGCCAUCAGACCAAAUCAUGCUUGACUUGCUGAUGCUCGAGAACCAGAUCCCUUUCUUCGUCUUAGUCCAACUGUACAAUGGGAUCGGUGGGAAACAAGCACUCAGGAAUUUUGCCGGGAGAUUCGCUGAGCCUUACACUGGCACUUUCAUUCAUUAUGCCCUCCGAUCCCUUGAUCAGACCGGUAUGAUUGGGGAUUUGGAUCCCCCUAUUCUUCCUGAGCAAGUCCUCCAUUUGUUGCACCUAUUUCGCUUGUCCUUGUGUCCUACUAGGUUCGAGCCCAUAAAUGUAGCCAAACAGAACAUAAUAGAUUUCAUUUUCCGCACUCCAACUGUUGUUCCUAGCGCGACAGAGCUCCAGGAUGGGUCUGCUGUGACGUUCAAGAAACAUUCAGGCAGCAUCUUGGACAUAAGUUUCCGCAACGGGGUGAUGAAGAUCCCGUUCUUGGAAAUUAAUGAUGGCACCCAAACAAUCCUCCAUAAUCUCAUCGCCUUUGAGCAGUGUUACCGCCUCCUGAUCGAACGUCAUGUCACAACCUAUGCUGCAUUCAUGAACUGCCUGAUAAACAAAGAAAGUGAUGCGAGUCUGCUUGAAAGGAGUGGGAUCUUGUUGAACAGGUUACCCACCAGCAAGGAUGCGACCUUUUUCUUCAGCAAGUUGAGUCCGAGGGCCAAAAUUAGGUCGAUAUAUUUAAAAAGCCUAAUUGAUGACGUGAAUAGAUAUCACACCAGCAAAUGGAAUAGGUGGUAUGCUGAUCUAAAGCUCAAUUAUUUCUCCAAUCCAUGGGUGACCAUCUCGGUGGUGGCUGCUGCUGUUCUCCUCAUUCUCAGCUUCAUGCAAACCUAUUAUUCUGCCCUUAGCUAUUAUCAAACGUGAUGGCCGUAAUAAAGAGAAGCCACCAUGGAGGGUUGAUCGCCUCUUUGAUUAUUGGAUGCUUCAUGUUUCUUUCUUUUGUUUUGAUGGGUUUUCCUGUUGGAAUAUAAACUGCAAUUUUAUAAUGAUCAGGUU